GACUCCUCUUUCCGCUCUUGCCCGAAGUGGUUGGGGGGUGUAGGGAGGGAAGGAGGCAAGCGAGCUCCGCCUCUGCUCGUGCCAUAUUAAUGUGCGCGGCGGGGCCGAGGCUGAUUGACUCAUCUGGGGCUUCGCUUCCCACUGUCACUGCACACCUCCUUGCUGCACGUUGCAGCGCCCGGACCAGCAGGCAGCGCUUCUACCCUGGGCACACACAACACACUGGCGCGCGCGCGCACGCGGAUGGCACGCUGGGGCCGCGGCGGCUGCUGCUGCUGCAACUCUUUCCACCCAUCCAAGGAUUAGCCGCCUUUCGCUCGCCUUCUCCCCGGCUGCGUUUGCCUCUCGCCUCUGGUCAGCGUUUCAGCGCCUGUCAACAGACUUACGAAAGAAAGGUCCCACCUUGCAGCUGCAUAACCACACAGGGUCAUAGGAAUGCCUCACAGCAGUGGGAGUUCAUGGCUGCCUGUCCACGUAGCUAUGCAGCAGUGGGAGACAAAUCACUUACAGAAAACACAAGGCUAUGUUGUUAAGGAUUUGAAAAGGCUGUAUAUUACCUUCAUGGAUACAAGCAAGUAGACAAUGGUGCGUCAACCAUCUGUUCAAGCUUCUUGAGAAAAAGACUGCAGUGGAAACAUCAUGAAAAAACAGCCAAGGACCAACAUCUCAAGUAACAUCUAUACUAAAGACUAUACAACUUUCAUCUCUUUAAGCAUCCAGCAAGUAAAAAUGGAAAACUAAUUACAGCAGAUUCAUCCCUACUACAUAACAUUCUUCAGCUCUGACAAGAAGCAAGAUUAUCUAAACUCACCUGAUCAGAAGUCAAAGUAUUGACCUCUACAGAUCGCUACAAAUGGCAGGUUUCUCUGGGUGAUCUUUCAGUAACAUAAACAUACAUACUCAGAUGACGUUGGGAUAUUUUUCACAUCAAUGAUGAAAGGAUUAUCUAGCAGUCGCAGUCACCAUCAUGGGGUUGCCUGUGAGCCAGCAUGUGAUUCUUUGGUACAUCACUCGGACAGGAAGCCAUAUUUGUUAAAUCCUGUGGACCAUCAUCCUGCAGAUCACUCUUACUACACUCAGAGGAACUCUUUUCAGGGAGAAUGCAUGGUUCCCUACAAUGAUCAGAUUGCUAGCAGUACAUUCCCACGGAGACAUUACAAUUCCCACAAUGAACUUAAAGAUGAGUGUGCUUUGGUGCCACAUGGAACAGUCAGUAAAGCUAAUCGCAUCCCUGCUAAUCUUUUGGACCAAUUUGAAAGGCAGCUCCCUCUUAAUCGAGAUGGCUAUCAUACUUUACAGUACAAACGGACUGCUGUAGAACAUCGUAGUGAUAGUCCAGGGAGAAUCCGCCAUUUGGUUCACUCUGUUCAAAAGCUUUUCACAAAGUCUCAUUCACUUGAAGGCCCAUCAAAGGGCAGCAUCAAUGGAGGCAAAGCGAGCCCAGAGGAGACACAGACUGUAAGGUAUGGCAAGCGUAGCAAGAGCAAAGACAGGAGAUCAGAUGGAAAAUCCAGGUCUAAUGCAUCAGGAUGGUGGAGUUCAGAUGACAACUUGGAUAAUGAUGUGUGCAUUUAUCAUCAUGGGCCAAGUGGAGUUAUGACUAUGGGAAGAUGCCCUGACCGUUCCACUUCUCAGUACUUUAUGGAAGCCUAUAACACUCUUAGUGAACAUACUGUGAAGCCGUCCAGAAGCAAUAAUGAUGUCAAAUGUUCCACCUGUGCAAACCUGCCAGUAAAUUUGGAUGCUCCGUUAAUGAAAAAAAGCUCUUGGUCCUCUACGCUGACAGUGAGCAGAGCCCGCGAGGUUUAUCAAAAAGCAUCCAUGAAUAUGGACCAGACAGUGAUGAAGUCAGAGACUUGUCAACAAGAACGGUCUUGCCAGUAUCUUCAGGUUCCUCAAGAUGAAUGGUCUGGAUAUACUCCACAUAACAAAGAUGAUGAGAUUCCAUGUCGGCGGAUGCGUAGUGGCAGUUAUAUCAAAGCCAUGGGAGAUGAAGACAGUGAGGACUCUGACAACAGCCCAAAGCCAUCUCCAAAGAUUGCUGCACGAAGAGAGAGCUAUCUCAAGGCCACGCAGCCAUCACUUACAGAACUCACCACUCUCAAGAUAUCCAGUGAGCAUUCUCCAAAACUUCAGAUCCGGAGUCACAGUUACUUGAGGGCAGUGAGUGAAGUGUCAAUCAAUAGGAGUUUGGAUAGCCUUGACCCUGCAACUCUGCUUACUUCCCCCAAAUUCCGUUCCAGGAAUGAGAGUUACAUGAGGGCUAUGAGCACUAUUAGUCAGGUGAGCGAGAUGGAAGUAAAUGGUCAGUUCGAAUCAGUCUGUGAGUCAGUGUUCAGUGAACUAGAGUCUCAGGCAGUAGAAGCCCUGGAUCUGCCAAUGCCGGGCUGCUUCCGCAUGAGGAGCCACAGCUACGUGCGAGCAAUUGAAAAGGGCUGUUCCCAAGAUGAUGAAUGUUUGUCACUGAGGUCCUCAUCCCCCCCACGCACAACCACCACUGUGAGGACCAUCCAAAGCAGCACUGGUGGCAAACAUUCUGGGUACUCUGUCAAAGAUGUCCUCAUUGAAAUGAAAGACAAAAAGAAAGAUCUGUCUACUGCUCCUAAGAAACAGGAGCACAAGUCUUACAAAGUUUCCUCUUGCAUUACCACAUAUAAGAAGACACCACCUCCAGUCCCACCAAGAACUACCACCAAGCCUUUUAUCUCUAUCACAGCCCAGAGCAGCACAGAAUCUGCUCAGGAUGCUUAUAUGGAUGGACAUGGGCAAAGGGGAGAUAUCAUCAGCCAGUCAGGACUUAGCAACUCUACAGAGAGCUUGGACAGCAUGAAGGCACUGACUGCUGCUAUUGAGGCAGCCAAUGCGCAGAUCCAUGGCCCUGCCAGCCAGCAUAUGGGUAACAACACUGCCACGGUCACCACCACUACCACUGUUGCCACAGUUACUGCAGAUGACAGAAAAAGGGACCAUUUCAAGAAAAACAGAUGCCUAUCUAUUGGAAUACAGGUUGAUGGUGCAGAGGAAUCCUCUAGCUCAAACGACAACCGAGCAACCAGUAAGUUCCAAUCCAUAGGUGUUCAAGUAGAGGAGGAGAAGUGUUUCCGCAGGUUCACACGAUCAAAUAGUGUUACAACAGCUGUUCAAGCAGACAUGGAUUUCCAUGAGAACUUUGAAAUGUCCUUGGAUCCUCAAGAAGAUAAUUCAUAUCCUGGGCAGAUAUCAAGACAGUAUUCUCGAGAUGCAAGCACUUCCACUGUUAGCAUACAGGGCUCAGGAAACCAUUAUCAUGCCUGUGCAGUGGAUGAUGACUUUGAUGCAGAUUUUGAUCCUUCAAUUUUACCUCCACCGGAUCCUUGGAUUGAUUCCAUAACUGAAGACCCAAUUGAGCUUGUUCAAAGGUCAGUGUGUCAUAGAGAUGGACACUGGUUCCUGAAACUUCUUCAAGCAGAAAGGGAGCGUAUGGAAGGUUGGUGCCAACAGAUGGAGAGAGAAGAGCGAGAUAACAUCCUACCUGAAGAUAUUCUAGGUAAAAUUCGAACUGCAGUUGGCAGUGCCCAGCUUCUCAUGGCUCAGAAAUUUUACCAGUUCAGAGAACUGUGUGAAGAAAAUCUGAAUCCUAAUGCACAUCCAAGACCAGCCUCCCAGGAUUUAGCAGGGUUUUGGGAUAUGUUGCAGUUAUCCAUAGAAAAUAUUAGUAUGAAAUUUGAUGAACUUCAUCAGUUAAAGGCCAAUAACUGGAAACAGAUGGAUCCGCAUGACAAGAAGGAGAGAAGGGCUCCUCCUCCAGUGCCAAAGAAGCCAUCGAAAGGUCAGGCGCCACUCAUACGGGAACGCUCUCUGGAGAGCUCACAGCGUCAGGAGGCCCGGAAACGGCUGAUGGCUGCCAAACGAGCCGCAUCUGUCCGUCAGAACUCAGCCACUGAAAGCGCCGAAAGCAUUGAGAUUUACAUCCCCGAAGCCCAGACCAGGCUAUGAAGGGAUCCAAGCAAGAGGACUCUUAAUGGCAAGAAAUAUCUCUUGUAUAAUCUGCCCUUCUAGGUCCAUGCUCACAGACACCAAUAAGUAUUUGUAUGUCUCCUCCUUUUAUCUAUCUCUUCUCUCCCAAUGAAGUAACACUUCUGUGGCGUAGUUGUCAGUCCUCCAAGAGGUUUUCGCUAAUAAUCCUUGCUUUCUAAGGUUUGCCCAUGUCAUCCUAAUGCUUUGUCACAUGUACUGAUGCUACCACUUUGCCUCAUGUAAAAACUUCUACAAAACAUACAAAUGCUCUCUCUCUCUUUCUCUCUCUCUCUCUCCCCCCCUCCCUCUUACACACAUAAACACCUAUACAGUAGAUUCACCAAUUAACUCAUCCUUGGUCCUUAAAACUAGUCUGUUAUUUAAUGUACAGCAAUAUUCAAUUAUAUGGUAUUUUGGAGAUCCAGUAUUGCAGGGUAAUCUAAGAUUCUGUUGUCUUCCUCAUUAAGAAUGAAAGGAGCUCCAGCUCAGAAUCCCUUCUUCUUAUGGCUAUUCUUUUUUAAAAAAAACCAAACAGAUGGCACACAUUAUUCUGAUCCUGAGAAUCAUAACUUCUCACCUGGUAAAUUGUAAAGUACUGGAUACCAUUGACUUAAGUUAAAAAGUGCAGUGAAUCUUGCAGCUGAAUUGUACCUGAUUCCAUAGAGCCCUGCGGCUGCAUAAAGUGCUGCAUUUCUAUUUCCUCAGUCUUACUUCAGAACAAGUAUUUUUGAUUGGCUGAAGAUUGUAAAAUGAAUCUUUAAAGGAACAAUGUAUUUUUGAAAAGGCAAUAAAGGGAUCAUGCAAUGAUAAGAUGCAAAAGUGGGUGGAGGAAUAUUUUUGUCCAACUAACUAGUGAGAAUUUUCAAGACUGUAUAUUAUAUUGUCAAUUUCUAUUGUAAUGUAUGGAUUACAUCAGGUCCGGGGGGGUUUCCUUCAAAGUACAAAAAGUAUCAUUGGUUUUGUUGAUGUCUUAACUUUGGUGAGACUCAGAUAUCACGCAUGCAUUUACCAUCAUUUGUUGCUGAACUGCUGUAAAUGAAAUACAUGUUUGCACACUAAAAAUCAGACUGCUUAUAUCAUAUGCUUCACACCUGAGUGCAAAUUGCUCCUUUGGUCUGUUCUUUAAACAAAGAAAAGACUUAAUUUUAACAAAAUCAAGGAAUUAUCACAGGUCAUCAGCUGGUGAGAACUGUUUCUUCGCAGAAGUUUUUAAAGGCUGAACUGUAUAAGUAACUGUAAGUUCUUUUAAAUCAAGAGCAGGAACAAGACUGAUGAGAAAGCUCUCUGCCUCUGCCAUCUCUACAUCAGCUAUCAUGGCAGAAGAGAGGACAACAGGCUCCACAGAGUUUGAGAAUGGCAUCCAGUGGCAUCCUACUAGUAUGCACGAUAGGAAGUAGAUUUUAUAUGAGCCCUGCCCACAGAUAGGACCAGCAGAUUGUGCCUUUGUGGAGUUAGUGGGUUCACUCACAAAGCCUGGUGCACACCCUACUGACAUUAUCACUAGGAGGCUUUCCAUUGACUCAAGUGAGUAUAUUUGGGGUCUGAGCCAUCUGUUGUCCUUUUUCAUUAGUAUUCUCUCAGAUGCUAUGUUAAGAAUCCUAUUCCAUUUGUUCUUUGAAGCAUCCUUUUUCCUACCUGGGCACCCAUGUUGACCAUGGCAGGUUGUGGCCCUUACUUGUCACAAGACUAAGGGAGAUCUUUCCACGAAGAGAUGUUUCAUUACAAAGUGUGGAUAAUGUAUACUUUGCAUCUCACUGGAGGCGGCUUUCAGUGCCUCGCUCCUGAAACAUUCAGAACAUUCCAACUGUGAAAACCUUAAUGGCAGGGUUGGCAUAAUUGUGUAGUUCACAUCUGAAAGCAUCAUCAGUUACCUUCAAAAAGCUGACCUUUUCUGGAAAUGCACAUUAACAGGCCAUGCCAGGGCACUCCACAUAAUACAGCAUCGUAGGCAGGUGCUAAUUUUAAUUUUAUUCAAGAAUUUAUGAGAGGUGAUAGGUUCUGACAAGGAGAACUUUCAUAAAACGUUUGUAAACCACUAGAGAAUUUGCUACCUCUCCAAGCCAUUGGUAUAUCCUAGCUGUGUGUUUAUAAACAGGGCACAAGAUUAUCACUGUUGUGUUUUACAAGUAAAGGGCUAAUAAUUUAAUAUUUUAAAGACUUUUAAAAACUGAAGGAUGAAAAAUCCAAUAUAAACCGACACAUGCAUCGCAUUAAAUGAACUUGGCAAAAGUCUAAUUUGCAAGGAUUCAGCGCAUUGUAUUCACCAGGGUUGGGGUUUUUUUUUUAAAUUUUAUUUUUGCAACAUGUUUCACUAAAACUGUAGCAGCAAUGAAGGCUCACACACUGUCUGCAGUCUACAUAGUGCCAAUUGCCAUCUUUAAUCAUAAUCAUGUUAUGUAUUAAAGAGAUUUGGGAACUCAAACAUAUGAAGGUGUACAAAGCAGCAGCCAAACAAACAAAACACUUUUACAACUAAAUUGUUGACUAUUUGAACUUCUUUGGAACAGAUGUUAAGACUGGUUGGCAGGCUAUUGGAGAAUAAUUGUGUUUGGAUUAUGCAAUAAAUCUGAUAGCUUCGCAUAUUUGAAGCAUAUACACAGGUACUUACUAAUAAGAGCCCAUUAGUUUCUUUCCUAAAUAAAUAAAAUGAGGAUCUGGGGCCCAACAUUUUGUAGGUUGGGACUGAUAGAUUUAUAUGCCACAAAAUAUUUUGGGUAUGAAGUGUGAAAGGAUCUGUUAUUAGCAUGAGGCCUAAUCAUUCAUAUGGUCUCUGUGUGUGGACAGUACUGCUGCAUGGUUUUCCAGCAAACCCAGUCGACAAACAGAUUCUAAGCACUUGCAUACAA